AUGGUUCUCUCUGUCGACCUCCUCAACCCUACUCCUCAGGCCGAAGCACAGAAGCACAAGCUCAAGCAGCUCGUGCAGUCGCCACGUUCAUUCUUCAUGGACGUCAAGUGCCCAGGAUGCUUCAACAUCACCACCGUCUUCUCACACGCACAGACCGUGGUCAUCUGCGGAUCAUGUGCCUCUGUCCUUUGCCAACCCACCGGUGGUAAGGCACGUCUCAUGGAGGGAUGCUCUUUCCGCAGAAAGCAGUAA